AUGGCAAACUUGCUCUAUUGUCUGGAACUUUGGACUCAGAUAGUUGAUGAAGGAAAUACGCUUCUUGUAGUCUAUAUUGACUUCAAGAAGGCAUUCAGUUUUAUCUCACCUCAACGACUCCUCCACAAACGAAGCCGAUUGGACAGUGGAGGAACUCUGAAGUGGAUUCGAAGCUUCCCACUUGGCCGCUCUCAAGCUGUCCGUGUCGGUGACCAGCAGUCAGCAGCGGUUGCAGUUGAGAACCGUGUUCCCGAAGGUUCUGCUUCUGGGGCUACAAUGUUUAUUAUUCACGUCAACGACUGCGUACGUGAACUGGAUUGUGACAUCGCUAUGUUUUCCGAUGAUAUUAAGAAUUGGAGUGUCAUCAAAAAGGCAGCUGACAAAGAGCAUUUGCUGGCAGACCCAAACCGAUUUCAAACUUGGUCGAAGGACUGGCUUUUGCCGUUGAAUGAGGACAAGUACAGUAUCCUACGAGUUGGCCGACCCAGCUUUCAUAAUCUCAUGGUUUACUGCCUGAAUGGCGUCCAACCGCAAGAAGUGGACGCGCAGAAAUACUUAAGAAUGUGA